CGGUUUUCUCGCCCGCUAAGAGACAGUCCAGGAGCCUGGGAUCUACGAUCGGUCGCCAGCCAAUACCCCUCUCUCCCCCUCCCUGUCGCCCCUUUGAUAGAGCUGCGGUGUUUUUGCGUCAAACGGCAAGCGUACCAUGUUCAGCCACGUCAACCGUUGCGCCUCGGCGCUCUUCCGUGCUGGCCAGCCUCUGGCCAUGGCCAGCCCCAUGUCGGCCUCGUUGCUGGCCUCGGUCGCUGCCCGCCCGGCCGUUGCCUCGGUCGCGGUGGCCACCCAGCCGGCUUGCCACUACUCGUCCAAGCGCAAGAAGCGCGGCAUGCGCGUCUUCCGCCAGCCGGCCGCCACCUACUCCAUCGACGAGGCCGUGCGCAUCCUCAAGGCCCUGUCUUUCACUCGCAGCACCCAGAAGCUGGAUAUUGUCUUCCAGUGUAAGCUCGAGAAGAACGAGACCAUCCGUGGUCUCUGCAACCUGCCGGUCAGCUCGUCGGCCCCCCUGCGCGUGGCGGUCUUCGCCACGGGCACCGCGGCCGUCGAUGCCAAGAACGCUGGCGCCGACAUCGUCGGUGCCGAGGACCUGGUCGCGCGCAUCCAGGCCGGCGAGGUGGACUUCGACCGGUGCUAUGCCACCCCGGACAUGAUGCCGCUGGUGGUGCGCGUGGCGCGUAUCCUCGGCCCGCGUGGUCUCAUGCCCAACCCCAAGUCCGGCACGAUCACCGACAACAUUGCCACCAGUCUGCGCACUGCCCAGUCUUCGGUGGAGUACCGUGCUGACCGCCGCGGCGACGUCCGUGUCUCCCUCGGGACCAUGGACUUCUCCGGCCGCGACCUCCAGCGCAACAUCCAUGCCCUCUACUCGACCAUCCUGGCUGCGCGCCCUGACAACAAGAACCGCCUUGUGCGUGUGGCGUACAUCUCGUCCACCUUCGGCCCGGCUAUCGGCCUGAAUGUGGCCGAGAUCGAUGCCCUGGCGUCGGUUGUCUAAGUGUGGGAGAAAGGAAAGAAGAAGAAGAAGAAGAAGAAAAAGCGAGAGCGAGAGUUCUCCUUUCAAUGCACGACGCCCAUGUGGCGCCUGUGACGCUGUGUACCGCGCGUGGCCGCGAGCGUAUGCAUGUGUGCAUCUUCGUCACUUCCGACAGCCCUGCUACUCCCCUUCCUGCCUCCUCCGCCCCCCUCCUGCCCUUGUUCCCUCUCCAUUCCGUUUCCCACAGGGGAGCCUGCCGCCGAGGUGGUUUCCCCCCGCCCUCCCCUCCGCCGCCGUCUCCACCUCCUGCUCCCUCUGCGCGGCUCCGAUGCCCAUCCCUUUCUUCCCCCUCCCCCCCUCCCCUCUCUCCUCCCUUGUGUCGCGUGCACGUCCUUCAGUGCUUCUUCCCGUGGGGAAGUGUACGACACCGCGUACAGCCUCUUUUUUUAACAUAGAUGAUAAACCACAGACAUUUUGCU